CUCAUGUCAAAGUCAGAACGUUGACAAUUCGGAUGUCAAUUUCCGCUUCUCGACGCGUCGGAUUUGUCUCGGAUUUUCCAUAGCAUUAACCUUGGUCGACGACAGGUAAACAGAGCAUUUUCAUUUGCCUCGCAGCAACUGCGCACGAAGAUCCCGCAUUUUAUGAUGAUAGCCCAUCUUCUUCGUUUUUCCAUUCACGGAUUCCACUUUUCGCCGAACUCGAAAUGCUACAUAAAGAGACUGUUUAUUCACCCCCAUUCCUCGUCGCUUGAACCAUGCUUCUUGUGGUACCCGUUCUAUGCUACGCUCUCUUGGCUGCUGCUGCAGACACCGAGGUCCAAUUGGGCAACACGACGCUCAUUGGAAGGGAUGUUGCAGGGCUAGAGCAAGAAUUCUUUGGAGGUAUUCCAUAUGCCGAACCUCCAGUUGGAGCCUUGCGGUUACAACAUCCUGUAUUGAAAACUACUAUCGACGCCGAUGAAUUCGAUGCCCAGAAUUUUGGACUAGCCUGUUUUCAAAGUAACGUCGCAACCGAUGAGAUCUCGGAGGAUUGUUUGACUAUUAACAUAUUUCGGCCGAAGGGAGCAUCUUCUGAAGAUCCCUUGCCUGUUAUGUUCUGGACCUAUGGCGGCGGUUUCUCUGGAGGUGCUUCGUCGUCCUACAACGGAAGCUAUAUCGUUGCCCAGAGUGUUGCCAGAGGUACCCCCAUUAUCUACCUGAACUUCAAUUAUCGGCUAGGACCACUGGGCUUCCCUCAAGGACAGGAGGCCGACGACAGAGGACAACUCAAUCUCGGAGUCAGAGAUCAGCUAACUGCCCUGCAAUGGGUUCAAGAGAAUAUUGGCGUGUUCGGUGGUGACAAAACCAAGGUCACAAUUUUCGGAGAAAGUGCUGGAGCAAUGUUGACGAAUCUGUUACUUCUAAAUGCGUCCAUUUCUGAUUUUGCCAGGGCUGCAAUCAUGGAGUCCGGUUCCGCGUCUUCGCCUGUAAUAUAUAACGCAUCUACGCGAGAAUCUACCUGGCAGUAUUUCGUAGGAGGGACACCGGGCUGUGAAUCCGUCGUUGGCACGAAUAAUACUUUUGACUGCUUGCAGGCGGCGAAUUCGUCUGCUAUAUAUCAAGGAUUUUUGGAGGCAUAUGAGUUGGCCAUAGAAGAAAUGGCUUUCUAUCCGGCACUGGACGGUCCUUCGGGUACUAUUCUUCCCGAUCUCCCUACACGUCUCUGGGCGAAGGGACAGUUUGCUACGAUUCCGUUCAUAUCUGGCACAAACCUAGAUGAAGGGACUCUCGGCCUGUCGACGAGUAUCAAUUUCACCGAUGACGCCAUCAAGGAUUUCAUACAGACCACCUACUCUGCGUUCCCACCUUACCUCUCUGAUGAUAUCUUGGACCAGCUUCUCGAGCUGUACCCUGACGACCCAUCCUUGGGUGCGCCGUAUGGCACCGGAAAUGAGACUUUUGGGUUGCCUUCAGGCUGGAAGAGGGUGGCAUCAAUGACUGGGGACUUGACCUUUGACGCUCAACGUCGGACAUGGACACAGACUGCUGCCGCAGCCGGCGUGAAAGCAUACGGAUACCAAUUCACGCAGAAUUCAUCGUCGUACUCGGCCGAAUUGGGAGUUCCACAUACAUCCGAGAUAGACUUCGUCUACGGAAAAUUAAAUUCUUCGAGCGAGCCUGCUUCAUCAAUGCUGUUGAGUGAAAUGAUGAUCGAUUAUUGGGUUUCCUUCGCUACGAGCUUGGAUCCUAAUGAUGGUUUAGGGACGUCUCGUCCUUUCUGGCCGCAAUACACAGCGGAUAAUGAGGUGCUCUUACAACUGAAUGGCGACAAUAUAACCGUCAUUCCGGAUGAUUAUCGGAAGGAGCAGAUCGAGUUCCUUCGAGAUAACGCUGAUGCUUUCCACCGGUAAAGCAAGCAUGUCUAUUACUUCCUCGUAUCAACACGCAUAGCUUUUCGUUCUGGGAACUUGGGUACUGAAGAUAUUUAUAAGAAUCAUUCAAGGGGCAUAAGGCUUUA